CUCUCUCUCUCUUUCCGUUGAAUGCACACCUCUCUUCAUUCGUCUGUGAAUUCGACUGGUAUACGUAGCGUCCUUGGUUUUGGCAAUCAAUACAAAAGCAUGGUAGGCAUUUGAUCAGGUUAGCGAGUCCCUAUAGCUAUCUUUCAUCAUGCCGAACAAGAAGUUAACUCCUAAAAGAACCCUCUUCCAAAAGAUCAAGGAAGAAGCUAAGAAUUUACGAAAGAAAGCUAGAGAAGAAAAACAAUUCAUUGACAGAAAUUUUCAAAUCUUGGAUGAAUCAGAUUUUCAGGGAUAUUCCUCUGAUGACGAUGUAUUUGACAACGUUCCUAAGAAGACAAACAUUGAGGGUUCAGAUGUCAAAGAACUUUAUGAUACUCCAUCCACGACUAAAGAAUUGUCAUCAUCUGUCCCGACAGAGUUCCUUACUCUUUCUCCUGAAAGCAAGGGUGUUUCCGACGACGAGAAUGACUCUAGCUCCCAUCCAUCUGAUGAGUACGAUUCAUCGCUACUACACUGUUAGGCCAGGGUUCAACCCUAUAACUGCGAAGAAAUUUGGGAUUGAAGGUAUCGAACAUCGUGUUGACAUCCAUAACCUAGACAACGUGAUUUCAGAGUAUCCGGUGGAUAUGGUGGUUAGUGUCCUCUUGGAGGCGAUCAUACAGGCCGUCACAAGAGGGUUCGAACCUCAGGACAGAGUUCAAUUAACUAUAACGUCACCAGGACUCUACAGAGAUAUCGGCAUACCCUUCACAAGGUAUGAUCAAAUUCACAUUGAAAUGGUGAUGGACAUUAUAAGUAAUGAAUUACAAUCUGACGAUAUCUUUCUUCUGGACGAUGGACUUAACAUUAAGGUUUGUAGAGUAAAAAUGCCUAAGUGAGGUAAACAAAAAAGGGACUGAGCUAUGACCAUUGAAAAACUUAUCACAAAUAAGAAAAUCUUUUUCAGAAUGAUGACCAUCUGUAUGCAGCUAGGGCUAUUGUGGUCGCUAAGGCUUACAUUGAUCGUAGACAAGGGAAAAGGGCUGUACAAAAACACAAUACGGUACGUAGAUCAAUUAGAAAUGGAAUUCAAAAGAAUUAAAAAAGGCCGGGGUAUCUACCACAAGACAGUGAUGCUCAGUUAGAAGAUAUCGAUAAAUUCCAACAAUAUCUAGAGAAGAAAGGAUUUGGCAAGACUAACAUGCAGACAUUACAGUUAUUACAAAAUAGGUCACCCGUGUUGUAUUAUGUGUUGGUUAUAUGUAUUCUAGCCAUUUGAUCUAUGAUUUACUUAAAUUUGAUAGAUUAGAAGUUCGAUUGGGUAAACACCUUGCUCAUCUAAUGUUUAAAGUUGUGUAAAAAGAGGGGCCUAGUUACAUUGUUAAGUAAUUCAUAACUCAAACAUUUAAUUACAGACCCAGGGUUGGUGAUGUGCAUUUAUUCAUACCUCGCAUAAAAACAAAUUAUGGAAAAAGUUGUCUUAGAUAUAAGGGAUCCAAAUUAUGGAAUGUAAUCAGGAAAUCUUCAUCUGUAUACACACUCAGACCUCAACAAUUUAAGAAGUAUGUUAUCUAACUUGACUGGAAACAUAUUAUUACCCAAAUGUACCCAUACUGAUUUUUCUUGUAUAUCUUACGUAUUUAAUUGUUUAUUUGUUUAUCUCUUGUAUAUUUUAUGUAUUUAAUUGCUUAUUUCUUUGCUUGUUUGUUGACAUGAUUUGUAACUGUUUUUAAAUGUGUGUAGACCCCUUUGAAAACCAACUUAUUUGAAAGGGUAAUCCACCCCACAUGGGGAAAUAAAUUAAUAACAAAAAUUGAAGAAAAAAACCUAGGGGAAAAAACCCUAGGUCUAAUUGUACUAGUGUUAGGAUUUGUAAGAAAUGUCAUCUCCUGAUGGAUAAGAAUUUAAAAAUUGAAAAGAAGAAACAUAUUUGUGGACGUGUUUAUUGAGAGUCAAUUGAACCAACAAUUCAAUUUCAAAGAAGAAAUGAUUGUUUAUUAUAAAAACGAUGUUGAUAUCUUAAUGAAAGGGUGUAUGACCUUUAGAGAAAUAUACAUGAACGUGACAGAUGUCGAUCUUUUUUGAUCAGGUGACCUGACCAUAGGAUUCACAUGUUUAAAUGUUUUCCUUAAGAACUUUUUGAAACAGAACAGGAUUGGUUUGAUUCCCUAAUGGCGGUUACAGGUCUAAAGAGAGGUAUUCACCCUUAGCACUAACAUGGUUAAAAUGGAUAAGUAAGGAACAGAAUAUUGAAAUAAAACAUUCUCAAAAUGGUGGU